CAUAAACCCUCUGCGAAUUGCACUUCUGGGUCUGCGCCAAACAAAACUCACUGGUCAUGGCGGCCGCUUCACCGCCACCGCAGCCACCGUCGACUUCCAAAUCGUCAAACAAGAGGGGAAAGAGAAGGCGACCACAACAAGACCCGGUGCUCGAAGGAAUCGAUUCACUCCCCUGGAAAUCCUCGCUUCCCGAAGCCGAAGAAGGUGACCCGUUCUCUGUCUUCGCCGGCGUUAAUGAUUUCGAAGGAGGUUUUCUUUCGCUCGAAGAGGUCGACGAGCUUGAUUAUGGGUUGUCGAUCCCUCAACCUGAAAAGAAAUCAAAAUCCAAGAAGCAGAAGCGUGAUCCUGCCGCUGAUGGUGCUGGUGGGAGUGUAGAGGAUAAGAAAGCCGUGGAGAAGAAAAAGAAGAAGAUGAAAAAAGGGAAGCAGAAGAAUGGAAAAUUGACGGAUACAAAUGAACCAGAGAGAAAUGAGGCGGGAACUGUUAGCGAUGGUGAUGGUGAUGCUGUGGUUAGCAAUGAGAAUGGUGAUGAUGUGGAUAGUGAUAGUAAUGGUGACACCAAAGAAGACUCAGUUGAUGAGACAGAGUUUUAUGCAUGGAAUGAAUUAAGGCUUCAUCCAAUGCUUAUGAAAUCAAUCCAUAGGCUUGGUUUUAAGGAGCCAACACGGAUCCAGAAAGCUUGUAUUCCUGCAGCGGCUCAUCAAGGAAAGGAUGUUAUUGGUGCUGCAGAGACCGGGUCUGGGAAAACUCUUGCCUUUGGUUUGCCGAUUUUGCAACGUCUACUAGAAGAACGGGAUAAGGCUGACAAACUGCUUGAUGAUAAGGGUGAUGAUGCUAACAAGUAUGCCCCAACAGGUGUUCUGCGUGCUCUAAUCAUCACCCCUACGAGGGAACUUGCUGUUCAGGUUACUGAUCACAUUAAGGAAGCAGCUAAAGGGAUCAAUGUUAGAGUGGUUGCAAUUGUUGGUGGAAUGUCAACGGAGAAACAGGAGAGACUGCUAAGAGGAAGACCUGAGAUCAUUGUUGGAACUCCUGGGCGAUUAUGGGAACUUAUGUCAGGGGGAGAGGAGCAUCUUGUUGAAUUGCAUUCCUUGUCGUUCUUUGUGCUGGAUGAGGCCGAUAGAAUGAUUGAAAAUGGACAUUUCCGCGAGGUGCAGUCAAUUAUUGAUAUGCUUCCCAUGUCCAGCACCUCGACUAUUGAUCAAUCUCAAGAAAGCCAAAGUUGUGUAACAGAGACUAGCUUGCAGAGAAAGAAAAGACAAACCUUUGUUUUUUCUGCCACUUUAGCAUUAUCGGCAGAUUUUCGUAAGAAACUAAAGCGCGGGUCAGUGAAUUCAAAACAAGCAGUGUCUGCUGACCUUAAUUCUAUUGAAACCCUUGCUGAGCGUGCUGGAAUGAGAGCUAAUGUUGCCAUUGUCGAUUUGACAAAUGCAUCUGUCUUGGCUAGCAACCUUUCUGAAUCCUUCGUUGAGUGCGCCGAAGAAGAUAAAGAUGCUUACCUGUAUUAUUUAUUGAGUGUUCAUGGGAAAGGCCGCACUAUUGUUUUUUGUACUUCAAUUGCAGCGUUGCGCCACAUCGCUUCCCUCUUGCGCAUCCUUGGAAUCAAUGUUUGGACACUUCAUGCUCAGAUGCAACAACGAGCUCGUUUGAAGGCAAUUGAUCGUUUCCGUUCCACUGAACAUGGCAUACUUAUCGCCACAGAUGUUGCAGCAAGAGGGCUUGAUAUCCCUGGUGUUCGAACUGUUAUACAUUACCAGCUUCCUCAUUCUGCUGAAGUUUACGUUCACAGAAGUGGAAGGACAGCUAGGGCUUUUGCUGACGGCUGCAGCAUUGCUUUAAUCUCGUCGAAGGAUACCUCAAAAUUUGCAUCACUCUGCAAGUCAUUUUCAAAGGAAAGCUUUCAGAGAUUUCCUUUAGACGAGUCCUACAUGCCAGAGGUGAUGAAGCGAUUGUCUCUAGCACGUCAAAUUGACAAGAUAUCACGGAAGGAAUCUCAGGAGAAGGCAACGAAAUCCUGGUUUGAGAGGAAUGCAGAAUCAGUUGAGCUACUUAUCGACGAGGAUGACAGUGAGGAGGAAAGAGUGAACCAUCUUAGAGAAAAGAAAGCUAGCUCGGCGCAACUGAAAUCCCUGCAGCAGGAGCUCAAUACGAUAAUUUCCCGCCCAUUGCAACCUAAAUCAUUCUCCCAUCGCUAUUUGGCUGGGGCUGGAAUUUCACCCCUCCUUCAGCAGCAAAUUGAAGAACUAGCGAGGCAAAAGACGAAGAACGGCAUGGACAUGGGAGACAACAAGCGGAGGAAAAUGGUUGUCAUCGGUCAGGACUGCGUGGAGCCACUUCAGGCACUCCGCAGUGGUGGUCAUGAGGUGCGCAUGGACACGAAGGGGGUGGCCGAGAAACGGAAGAAUAUUGAGAAUUUGAGGAGAAAGAGAAAGGAAGAAAAGAAGCGUAAGCGAGAUGAGCGGAGAAACCAAAAGAAGCAGUCAAGAGGGCGGGCGGAUUAAUGACUAGAUGUGAAACAGUGAGUGAGUGAGUGAGUGAGUGCUAUAUCUUUGAAGAUGCAAAUUCCUGGAAGCAGGUUAAUGGCAACGUAGACCUUUUUAUUGACAUUUCGUGGUCAAACUGCUUCAGGGUAACGGUUUACAUAUCUUGUACCGUAAGUUACGUAGCUCUUACGUCAUGUUCUUAGGCUUUGGUUGUAGCAUUACUCAGUAUACCCUUUGCGAUGAUACAAUCUAUAUAUAGCAUUUUGAUGGCCUGCCUGGAUUUGUUCUCGAGAAAGGGGCAGGAUAUUGACCAAAUCCUACAUAAUGUGGGAUUUUGACAAGAUUACACGUUUGAGAAGUGCGUGAUAUUGAGCGUGAAGAUUGUUUAAAUCCUUCAAAUGCAGGUUUUUGAAUUAGGCAGGUUGGCUUUGCUGCUACUGUUGUUUCACUCUCAUACCCAGUAG